AUGGCUGACUUACCGGUGGUUCUCCAUAUGCGUGCGCGCAUAUCCUUCGAACUAACUGAGUAUACUUGCGCAAGAGAUAUUCUGCAAAGGUUGAGGAAAAUGUACCCACAUCGAACUGAGGUAAACAUUUUUUUUUCUUUACAAAUUCAAUCAGCUGUGCGAUAUUUUAAGGGAAUGGAGUUGUUGUCGACAGCUUUGUGGCAUUUACAAGAUGCUCACGAGCUUUCAUCGCUUGCGCAGCAGCUAACCACAGAUGCGCGGUCACGACCACAAACCUGGUGCGUUGCUGGGAAUUGCUUUUCUCUUCAAAGACAGCAUGCAAGAGCUAUCGAGUGUAUGGAACGUGCUAUCCAACUAGAUCCAUAUUUUGCAUACGCAUACACUCUGUUGGGUCAUGAACUUAUAUUCCAAGAGGAAUAUGACCGUGCGUCUAUUGCGUUUAGACGUGCCUUGGAAAUUUCUCCGAAGGAUUACCGCGCUUGGCAUGGCCUUGGAUUGGUGCAUCUCAGGAAAGAGCAAAUGGGUCUUGCCCAGGUGAACAUUUCGAAAGCCGUCACAAUAAAUCCCACCAAUCGAGCCAUACUUUGUCAACUGGCACAAAUUGAACAAGCUUUGAAUCGACCAGAGAGAGCUAUGCGUUUAAUUGAAAGGGCGUUGGCAUUAGAUUCCGAUGACGUUGCUUGUCGUUACAAUCGUGCGCGCUUGCUUUUCGAUAUUAAACGGAACGAGGAAUGCGUCAAAGAACUCAAUGAGCUUAAAGAAGUCCAUCGUCGGUUAGGCAAUAACCAUCUGGCCUUACUAAACUACAGUUGGGCAACAGAAAUGGAUCCAAGAGGAGAGCAAAUGCUCGGUCACGCCGGUGAGCGAUCGUAUGAUGACGAUGACCCUUCAGCUUCUGCAAGCUAG